AUGUUUGCAGAUCGAGCUACUAGUGUUACCAUCAAUGUAUUUUUAUUGAGUUUCGAUUCUAUCAGUGAAACAGAAAUGGAUUAUUCCGUCGAAGUUUAUCUCACAAUGAUCUGGGUUGAUGAACGCCUUCAGUUCCAUAAUUACUCCGAGUUUCAGUGGUUGGAAGUUGGAACGAAGCUGAUGGAAUCCGUCUGGGUGCCAGAUGCCUACUUCCGGAAUGAAAAGACAGCUGCUUUCCACGAUGUCACAGUUCCUAAUAGAUAUCUACACUUGCAUCCCAAUGGCACAGUCGUUUACAGUAUGAGGUUAUCCCUUACUUUAAUCUGUAGAAUGGAUUUAUUAAAAUAUCCACUUGAUACACAAGUCUGUCCCAUGGUCAUUCAAAGUUAUGUAUAUACCACCCAAAAUGUCCAGUUUUUAUGGGAUACAAAUAAUCCUCUAACAUUUGAUAAAGAAAUGGAAUUAGAACAAGGUUUACCACAGUUUGCUAUCACCAAAGCUGUCACAGAAAAUUGCACAGCUGCUUUAGGAGAAACAACAUUUGCGUGUAUUCGAGCAAUCUUCACUUUAAGACGAGAUGUGCGGUACUAUAUCAUAAAUGUGUAUAUACCAAGUAUUUUAAUUGUGGUCUUAUCGUGGGUGUCGUUCUGGUUGGACCUGAACGCUACCCCGGCUCGGGUCUCACUGGGUGUUCUAACAGUGUUAACCCUGAACACACAUGGUUCCAGCGUACAAGCAGCCUUACCAAAGGUGUCCUAUAUCAAAGCUAUAGACGUUUGGACAGUAGCUUGUUUAAUCUUUGUGUUUGCAGCUCUUUUAGAGUUUGCGUAUGUGAACGUUUUGGCUCGUCAAGGAAGCAAGCCAAUGAAAAAUUGUUGUUAUUGUGAAAAUCUUAAUAAUAAGGUACGUACAUUUCUUUUUCUUGUCCAAUUUUCACAUCCCAUUAAUGAUCUGACAAGACUCUGUUAUAAAUCGUGUUCUGAAGAAAAUAAUAUUAUUGAAAGACCAAAAGUGAAUAAACAGAUAACAGACUGGCGAGAGCAGGCCAGAAAAUUAGAUAAAGUCUCACGAUACGCUUUUCCCAUCAGUUUUCUUACUUUUAACACGUUUUACUGGUUUAUUUAUAUUUUUGUGGAUUUAUAA